UGACAGAUCAACGGGGGAAUUAAAUACAAACUUUUCCUUGACCAGACUGAAGCUCAAAGAACCCGAGCUCAGGCGACAGAGCAACGAGAUAUACGAGUUAUACGGAGAUACAAACACGUUGUUGGAGUCCUUCAAUCCGGAAGCAAGAUGCGGAAGAUGCAGAUCCUAAUUCAGACGCGGGACGGACAGAAGAGCCUCUACGAGGCAGACCGUUUCGGGACGGUGGGUUCACUAAAGGCCCAGAUUGGUCGCAACAUGGCCGUGCCCAUGGGCUUCAGUCGGCUGUCCUACAAGGGCACCAUCCUGUCCAAUAAGUGUGUGCUCGACAAUGUGGGCAUCAGGCGGAUGUCCACCCUGAAUCUCUUCUGGCAGCCGGUCGUCCUGACGCCCAGUCAAGUCGACGACAAGGAUGGCGAUCAGGACCAGUUGGAGCAGAAGCUAAAGGGUGUGACUGCCACGGCCGAUAAGCAUCACCAGAUGGUCAAGACUGGAGGAGGAGGACUACUCAAUGAAUCGGACAGUUUCCACGAUGGCGAUGCGCUGGCUGGUGAGAUGCACCAACCCGUCCACAGCCCACUCACCCAGGACGAGGAUGAGGAUGAGCCGCUCGAGGACCUAACAGUACCGUCCACCGAUUUCCUAGGAUUCAUAACUCUCAACAAGCCCCGCCAGAAGUCAGCAGAUGAGCAUAUUGAAAAGGAACUGGUGCCCCUUGCUGCUCCACUUCCUGAGCCCUUGAAGGUGCCCCAAACGAAGCCGGAGACCAGGGCUCCAGCCAAGUCUUCCAAGCCCAAGGUGAAGGGCAAGAAGAACCGCAAGAAGAAGUAGACACUUCCUUAGUUCCUGCGUUUCCUCAUUUCAGUUCGAAAUUCAUUACAACCACCUUUUCAAGCGACAAUUUGAAAUCUAAAUUUGCGUUGCAAUAAAACCAAUAAAACCUUCGAUUACUCGAAAUC